AUAGUUGACGAAGACUCCAAUGUUUUUCACAAUUUCAUAUCAUAUCUAGAUAUAAUCCUUCUAGAUGCAAAUACUUGUCCCUUAGUUCAUAAACCACAUUACUUAUAACACAUCCAACAUAUAUCUUCUCAUUACAUAAUUUACAUUUUAUUAAUUUCUCCAUAACAAAACAUGAUUACCCAAAACCAACAUAUUUUUGCUUUAGCAUUAUUAACACUAAUUAGCAUCACAUUAACUUCAGUUUCAUCUCGUUUAUUUCCUAAUCCAUCUGAAAUCCCUACAUGGAUGACUAACCACGCGCCACCAGGCGCCUGGGACGGAUACCGAAACUUCACCGGAUGUACCCGCGGCAAAACAUACGACGGACUCUCCAAACUCAAAAACUACUUUCAACAUUUCGGUUACAUCCCCAACGCGCCGCCGUUAAACUUCACCGACGACUUCGACGAUGCAUUGGAAUCCGCCGUACGCGCCUACCAAAAGAAUUUCAACCUCAACAUCACCGGCGAACUCGACGACGCAACAAUAAACUACAUCGUCAAACCACGAUGCGGUGUCGCUGAUAUCAUCAACGGAACAACCUCCAUGAACUCCGGCAAGUUCAACGACACAAAUCUCCAUACCGUCGCACACUACGCAUUCUUCCCCGGUAAGCCACGGUGGCCGGCGGGAACAAGAACCCUAACCUACGCCUUCGAUCCAAACGAGAAUCUCGACGACGCAACGAAACAAGUAUUCGCAAACGCGUUUAACCAAUGGUCGAAAGUAACAACAAUAACAUUCACAGAAACUACUUCGUAUCGAAGCGCGGAUAUAAAAAUAGGAUUCUACAGUGGCGACCACGGAGACGGAGAACCAUUUGACGGCGUGUUAGGGACGUUAGCACACGCGUUUUCACCGACUGACGGAAGGUUCCAUUUAGAUAAAUCCGAAGACUGGGUGGUUAACGGAGACGUAAGGGAGUCAUCUUUGUCUAACGCUAUUGAUUUGGAAUCCGUUGCGGUUCAUGAAAUAGGACAUGUUUUAGGGUUAGGACAUUCGUCCGUUGAAGAGGCUAUUAUGUAUCCUACGAUAAGUUCGAGAACGAGGAAGGUUGAACUUGAGGAGGAUGAUAUUAAAGGGAUUCAGGAGCUUUAUGGUUCUAAUCCGAACUUUAAUGGGACUACUACUGCUACUACUUCGAGGGAUAGAGAUUCUAGUUAUGGUGGUCGAAGACAUGUGGUGUCGUUGUUUUUGUCUUUGUUGUUUGUUGGAUUUGGUUGUUUGAGUUUGUAGAGGAGAAUUUUCUGUUGUUUUUAUUUGAGAUAGUUUUAUACGGAAAGUAUACGAUGAUACGUGAUACGGCUAUGGUUGUAUAUACUAGUAGGUUGUUAUUUUCGGUUCAGUACUGUGUAUUUCUAUUUCGUAUUAUUCACAUUCUUCAUUCUUUUUGUGAUAA